AUGAUAUUUAGCUGUAAAGAAGACAGUUCUUCUCAGGGUGGAGAGGCAAAUGAGCACACUCGCUUACUUGUGGAUCCUGUCAGUAAUAAUGCAUCCUCCAUUCAGAGAGUCAACAGUGAUGACUUCGAGUCCCAGUAUCCUAAUUCACUCCCAAAGAAGACUGAUGAGCAGUCAGCCUUAAACAGGAUUCUGCAGGAAGCUGCAACGAAUGUAAUAGAUGUUGCAGCGAUGGGAACUCAUAACUUGGAGCAAACACGAGUAUAUGGAGCGUGUGAAACAUUACUCGGUUGA